AUGGCCAACACUUCUUCCGGCGGGCGGAGACGAUGCCAAAGGGCUUGUGAGAUGUGCUACCGGAAGAAGACCAAAUGUGAACUCGAAACCUCCGAUUCCAUCUGCAUGCAAUGCACGCGACGGGGCUCCAGGUGUGUCUUUCCCGGGAUUUCGCCCGUGUCGGAGACGCAGCAGGAGGAAGAACGGGAUCAGUAUAUUCAGUCCUUGAAGGAUCGAUUGGAGAAAAUCGAAACUCUGCUCAAGACAGCAGGCAUUCUGCAUGAAAGCGACGUGACUGGCGACUAUUUGGAUGAUGAGAUCGAUGCCGAGUCCCCGGACGAUGACCAGGGCAAUGGUCACCGACGGACAAGGUCCUUGGGCAACUUGUCGUAUCGAUCCUCCGAAUCCAAUGCGCUGUCAGAUUACUGCGAGGCAGCCAAGUAUGGCGGUGACUUGGAGGGCACUCCCAUAUUCAAAGCUCAUGAAAGCGACGAUCCACGAUUUUUCGGUCGGUCUUGCUCUCUGUCGAUUCUCUCACGCGGCGGUAUUGAAUGGAUCAAGAAUAAGACGGGCGAUGUCAGCUUCCUGCGCCUUCUAUCACCUGAUUCAGUUCACGAUAGUCCAUGGAGCAUUUGGAGACCAGACGUCUUCCAUGAUCUCUUCGCUUCUCAGGUUUAUCGACCGCUGCCCCCGCGGUCAGAGGUAUUUUCACUUAUGAAAGACUUCUUUCGGACUGCAAACCGACUCUUUCCGAUCUUCCAUGAAAGUACUUUUAUGAAGAUGGUUGAAUGGCAGUACACGCAGCAGACAUGCGACGAUGCCGCGCGGUGGGCCAGUAUCAAUAUGACCAUCUGUCUGGCGUAUGAAUAUCGAUAUUCCAACAGUCUGAAAUCGGAAAAGGAUCGAGAAAAGGCUCGGAUGUAUUUCAAGAAUGCCAUGUCGGUCUUUACAGAGCUGGCUCUUCGACGCACAGACAUACUGAGUGUGCAAGCUUUGUUGAGCAUGGCUUUCUUUCUCCGCGGCAAUUCCGGUACCCAGUCUGCACUGCCGUUCAUUACGGCAGCCAUGCGUUCAUGCCAGCGGAUGGGCCUGCACCGAGACAUCCCGAGACCAGAUUUGAGUAUUGAAGAUCAGGAACAGAGGCGACGAGUCUUUUGGGUCACCUUCACCGUUGACCAGAGUACAUGUUUGAGGGCUGGGAAUGCCCCGUCUCAACACCCCGAUGACUUCGAUGUGCCUCUACCGGAAGAACUAGAGGAGGAGAAGAAAGACUCCGAAGUGGCCAGCAACAUUCCCUUCUUUCGUCAACUGUGCCGAAUGGCAUUGAUCAAGAGCCGCAUCUUUUGUCGACUGUACUCCGCCAAAGCGCUUCUCAAACCGCCUCGAGAGAUCUAUCAAGUAGUAAAGGAGCUUCAUGCCGAGCUAGAGGAGUGGGAAAAGGACUACCCAUUUGAGGAGGAGCCCAGGCAAAAGGUUGCCGAAACGGAUUUUCUAUUCGGCUUCGGCUCGAUCGGUCUUCGUCUCGUCUACUAUAAUGCCCUGAUAAUGAUUCACCGAAUACCUCUCCUUCUCAACUACUUGAUAUCUUCUCGGGAAGACCCGGAAGAGCUGAAAUCUCUCAGCAAGGCACAGGCGUCGAAGUCAGCUGUGAUUUGCGUGCAGGCCGCGCGAGACACGCUGAAACUGGUGAACAAUAUGCCGUGGGGAGAUAUUGCGUGGUUAUGGUCUCUUCUCUACUACGUAUUCCUGGCGGCAGCGACAAUCUUCUCGAACAUCCUUCGGGAUACUCGUCACUCGUCAGUACGAGAAGAUCUACACUCUCUCAACAUGGCCGCGACCUUCUUUGCAACACUCGUCCCAGGGGAUGGACCUGCCAACUAUGCUGGUUUCAUGACCCGAAUGAGCGCCAAUUUGGAGCGCAUCGCCAGGCUAGCAAUAGAAAAAGACGAGAAACGAGCCCGGGACCCCGACGACAUAGACAACGGAGAUCAAACCCCAGGCGCCAAGAGACAACAUUCUCGAGCAAACUCGGCUUCACAACCGAAAUUUCGCCACCGUCCCACGAACCUUCGAACAUCAAUGAACUCCGAUACGACGGGAUCAUAUCACUACCACACAUCCGAGGCCCCGCACGCGUCAAACCCAUCCGCCACAGCCCGCUCGUACAUGGCGGAUUUCGGAAUUCCGGAAUCCAUCGAAGGCCUUCCACCCAUCAACUCGUCCGGAUACGUCGUACCGCUUAGUCCAAGCAGGAUAGACUUCUCGGUGUCUACAGGUAUAUCGAACCAGCAACAACCUGAGUCAGCUACCGGCGGUUACUCGGGCCUCGGCCUAAGCAACAUGAACAACACCACGCCCGACUUCAACACCAUAUGGAUCCAGCCACAACAGCAAAGCACAACCACAAAUACAGCCACAACACUCUCCUCCCCGCAAGACCAACACCAAUCCCCAUUCUCCGCAUCCAGCACAAACAGCACCCAAAUCCCAGAAUCAUGGCAAGUCCCCCUAACGGCCGACUGGUCCUACGGCGACAACCUCUGGUCCGGUCUCUUCCCAACAGAAGCACUCGUCGCCUCCGGCACAGUCCAAGACCCGGGCUUACCAAUGCCGAUCCUCUCCGCCGAAUCUUUCCUAAACGCAGACCAGGCAAAUAUGUCCCAAUCAACCGGAAACCCAGACAUCACCUUUGGCACGGAUAACAUGGAUUACGGGUUCGCGCCUUCGACGACGCAAGACCAAAAUCCGAAUCAAGAGGGUGAUCUGUGGCCAAAUGGGUUUUUGGGGCUUUUUUGA